AUGGUUAAGCCUAAAUUUAGACUAACCUCGUCCUUCCCGCUCUCCUCCGGAUCGUCAAGAAAGGGCGUCGAGUCGGGUGGUCUCAACGGACGAUCACCAAAAAUCUCCACCAGACGUCUGGGCUUUCCUGGAGAAGGACGUUCAACUCCCAAGGAGGCGAGGGUCGAGCCACCAUGUUGGGCGCUAGUUGCCCCGGCCAGCGGGGCUGGAAGUGAUGGGGAAAGUAUCAGAAAUUGUCCCUUUUGCCAAUGCCUUUUUAUGAUACUCUGGCUUAAAGGAGUUAAAUUUAAUGCAACUAUUAUUGACAUGACCAGAAAAUCUGAAGAACUGAAGAACUUAGCCCCAGGUACCAAUCCCACAUUCUUGGUAUAUAAUAAGGAGUUGAAAACAGACUUCAUUAAAAUUGAGGAAUUUCUAGAGCAGACACUGGCUCCUCCAAGGGACAACAUAUAUCCUCAUCUGAGUCCCAAGUACAAGGAAUCUUUUGAUAUGGGCUAUAAUCUCUUUGCCAAGUUUUCUGCAUAUAUUAAGAAUAUACAAAAGAAAGCAAAUAAAAAUUUUGAAAAAUCUCUGCUAAGAGAAUUUAAACAUCUGAAUGACAACUUAAAUAUUCCACUUCUGGACAAAAUUGAUCAAGACAGUGCUGGGAAACACACAGUUUCUAGAAACUUCUUAGAUGGAGAUCAACUAACACUGGCUGACUGCAGUUUGUUAUCCAAACUGAAUAUUAUUAAAGUUACUGCCAAGAAGUACUGUGACUUUGACAUUCUGGCAGAAUUCUCAGGAGUCUGGUGCUAUCUCCACAAUGCCUAUGCCCAUGAAGAAUUUGCCUACAUAUGUCCUGAAGACAAAGAAAUUGAAAAUAUGUAUGCAAGUGUGGCUAAACAGUAG